GCCGCCCGGCUUUAACGACAGACCGCACAACGCCGCUUUCACCAGCUUUCUUGUGUUUUCGCCACCAACGAAUCUUUAAUAUUUUAGCCCUUUUUUUCUCUUUUGCUCCUCUCUGCCUUCUUUUUCCUUUGCGAGGUCCGCUGCGCGCACCACUCGAAGCCCGAACCGACAGCGGCGCAGACGACUCUGUGGCCGGCGCCCUUUCCGAACGCUUUGCGGAUAAAUAUCCUCCCCUCUCGCUUUGCUUUCGUUUCCUCUCGAACGUAGCCCGCUCUCUUGGAACAUCUUUUUACUUUGUUUAUCUUUCGCAGCUGACGCAUCUACGCGAUCAAAGCGCAGCCGGUGAGACCGCCGACUGAAAUUCUGAUCCGUCCUUCUUCUUUUUCUUUUCCUCUUCCAGGCUGUCUUCUUUUGUACGUGGUGGCUUGCUCCGUUUGGUUGCCCCACGUACCCACCCCAAACCGAUGUCCACCAACUUCCUUCGGCACAGCGACCGGUGCCAAGGAGGCGGGAGCGGCGGACCCCUCCGUGGCUGCUGUGCGCGCCGUCGCCGCUCACCCGGUGCGAAGAGCCGCCGCAUCUUUUUCUUCCUCGGCGUCGUCGUUGCGCUGUGCUGUUUGUUGUUCUGUGUGCCUGACGCAUCAUGCGUACCAGUGCGUGCUGCCAGCUCCACGGCGUCCGGCAGCGGCACUGAGCCCGUCUAUUUGCUCAACAUGAUGCAUCACGCGGAUCCACAAUUGAAUUCCAGCGCCAAAAUUAUCUGGACCGGCAUGGACGCUGCUUUUUACGCCUCCGGCUACACCGUUGGCGGCAAGCGUCCCCUCGUCAUUGUCGAACCCGACAGCAGCGCCAACCUGUCCGACGUCGCCGCGGUGAUUGCACAGGGCCUGGCGGACCACCCUACGCUGUUGGGCGUCUUGGGGCCCUACUCGGACGCCUCAACGAUGGCCGCGCUGAACAGCGACGUGGUGAAGGAGAACCAUUUGGUGUUACUUGCUCCCUUCACGGGGUCGUCGACCGUGCGUGUGUGGAACCCCCACGCGUUCUUCAUCCGUGCUGAGCCGCUCGCCGAGUUGAAGGUGAUCAUGGCAUACGUCGUCUACACCCUCCGUGCGAAGCGCAUCGCGUUCAUGUACCUAACGGACGCCGACUACGGUGAUGCGGAGUAUCACGAGGUGCAGGGGAUGCUGAGCUAUCUUGAGCGUGACCCGGCCGUCGUGUACUCCGUGGAGUACUCUGCGGCGGACUCCGCCGUGAACCGUGCCGCUUUUGACGCCAUGGCGGACACACAUCCGCAGGUGGUGAUUGUGUGGGGUAUUCCGAGCCUACAAACGUCUGAGUUCGUGCGAGAGCUCAUGCUGGACCCGCGUACGUCGUCCGCAGCCAUCAUGGGCUGCUUUGCACUGCAGAAGACGCUGUACGAAGCCUAUACCAACGUGACUGCGAGGGAGGGAUCCAAUAAGCACGACCACCAGAUCUUCAGCAGUGCCAUCGCGCGCUCACCGACGGACGACAACACCAAUAUCACCCACAUGGCUCUCUUUCAGAAAGAGAUCGCCCACUACCUCGUGCACUCUGGCCGGAGUUCCAACAGCCUGCUGAACGGUUCGCGCUCCUCGGACGCACUGAACAGCUCCGCGGAUCUGCUGAGCGCAGCUAAGGCUUUGUUUACUGAUGAUGCCGCUCCCGGUCAGGUGACUGUGUCGGGGUGGCUGGCCGGCAAGGUGAUCCAGCGCACGCUUGAACGGGUCGACUGGAUUACGGACCGUGCCACCUACCAGACCGGGCUGUUUGACCAGAACCGCUUUGUCGUCGGAGGCGACGCCGUCUUCGGCGACUACGGCGGCACCUGCGACGCCUUUGCCGCUAAAACGGGUGCGAUGUGCAACUGCAACCAGGGCGGCCACACCGCUGUACUCUCACGUCUCACAAGCGGGGCGCUGUGGACUGUCUUGGACACCGUCUUCACCUACUCGCAGGCGGUGUGCUACUCGACUGAUGCUAAUUUGCCCAAACCGCUGAGCGUCCUGACUUUUGCCUUGACCGACCACGGGAAGGUGGUGGACCCGACGGGCCGUAUCAGCAGCAUCGUCCCCCUAACGAUGGACUUCCUGAACACGACGGAGCUCUCGCUGAGUAUGGCCGUCUUGAAUGCUUCGACAACGACGCAGCAGGCGGUGCUGGAUGCGGAGGUGAGCGAGCACACCGUGGACGUGCUGAUGGGCCCUAUGGCGGGCGGUCUUGAAAUGGGCGAUUUGCUGGUCGUCGAGCCUAUCUUCGCGCACGGGCGCCGGGUCAUUGAGAAGAGGAGCUUUAUCCGCGUGAUGCCGACAGUGGCGCAGGAGAUAUACAUACUGUACUCUAAUCUUCCCACCAUCGCUGCGGUGACGGGCGUGGCGGCGGAGCUGCAUGUCGUGGUACGCGGCUUUGUCGACCUGGAGUCGGCGCAGAUGGCGGAUGUGCUGAGCAGGACCGCCGACACGUUUGGCUACAGCGACCCGACCAUCACUAGCGUGGCGAUGGACGAUGACCUGACCAGCGCCUUUUCCACCAGCGGCGUUAACUGCUUUCUCGGCUUCACCGACGGGGAUCCAUCGACCAUCGCGACUUUCCUCGCUACCAAUCCGUCCGCGAUCAUCGUUGCCGACUUCAAAGAGUUCAGCCGCUGGCACUAUAUGCUCCUGCCGCCCUUUUCGAAUUUGGAGCCAUCCGUGCGGCGCCGCUUUUUGACGUUCGCGAACAUGCCGCUGUGGUCGGACACGUCUGACGAUGCCCACGCCGCCUCCCCGUUGCUGGCCGCGUUUCAUGAGAUGCUGCCCGAUCCUGCCAACCACACGCCCGCGCAUUUGGAGAACAUGAUCUCCGCCGGUUUUGUAAAGCAGCUGACGGUCGCCACCAACGUGAUCAACUCCGCCAACCUCGUCGAUACCCUCUACCGCAAAGGCACGAUGACCUUCUAUGAGAUGGACUUCGGCAAGUUCGAGUGGUCGUGCAGCACUACCACCGCGGGGGAGACGUGCAUGCACAACAACAAUGGUGCGCGGAGCAUCGUGGUGCUGUCGAUGGAGCGCGUGCUCGACCCGAAGGUGCCCGUGACGGUGGAGGCCACCACACCCUCCAUGAUCUACACCACGACGCGUCACGGCGACAACAAGCUGUCCCCUGCGAGCUUGGCGGGCGUGAUUGUGGGCAGCGUCAUGGGGGGUCUGCUGCUUAUUGGCCUCGUCCUCGCGUUUGUGUUUUGCUGCCUUGUGGGUGUGCGCAACAACGACGCGGCACCCAAGAUGGUGGACGAGCCGGUGACCAUCGUGUUCACGGACAUUGAGAGCAGCACUGCGCUGUGGGCCGCGCUGCCGCAGCUGAUGCCCGAGGCGGUUGCUGCGCACCACCGCGUGAUUCGCCUGGCCAUCAGCAAGCACAAGUGCUACGAGGUGAAGACGAUCGGCGACUCGUUCAUGAUUGCCUGCAAGGACGCCCACUCCGCGGUGAAGCUGGCAAUGGAUAUCCAAACGAAGCUGCUGGAGUACGACUGGAAGACGAGCGAGAUCGACGAUGCGUACCGCGACUUUGAGCUGCAGCGGGCGCAGGAGGCCGGCGGAGAGCAUCCGCACAGUGCGCAGCUGAGCCGCGACGCGUACGAGGUCCUGUGGAACGGCCUGCGUGUGCGCAUGGGGAUCCACACCGGGCUGUCGGAUAUCCGCCUGGACGAGGUGACACGCGGCUACGACUACUACGGCGAAACGUCGAACAUGGCGGCGCGCACCGAGGCCAUCACGAACGGCGGGCAGGUGGUCGUGACGGAGGCGACGUGGUGGGCGCUGUCCGACGCCACACGCGAGCAGCUCGACUCCACUGAUCUGGGUGCGCAGAGGCUGCGCGGGGUGCCGCAUGUGGUGAAGAUGUACCAGCUGAAUCCCGUUGUGGGCCGCCAGCACGCGAACCUGCGAACGGAGAUCGAAGCGGUGCUGCCGGACAACGCCACGACGACGACGGAGACCAACACCCUCGACGAUCCGACGUCGUCGCACACGAACAUGUCGUGCACGGCUGCUGCUGUGUCCUUCGUGCUGGCGAGCUGCUUCUCCACCUACCCGCCUGCGCAGCGCAUCCGUGAGCUGCAGCCGCUGCUGGCGAAGUGGAGUGUGCCCGCCCCGCCCCGCCACAGCGGGAUCUCCGCGGAGGACUACUGCCAAGGCCUCUUAAAUCGUCUGGCGGUGCGAGUGGGCCGCGUGACGGAGGCCCGGCUGCGGCGGAACGGGGGUGACAACGGUGCGGAGUCGAACCUGCUGAGCUCUGUGGGCGGCACGGCGGGUGGGCCGCGCAUCUCGCUGCCACUUCGCAGUGGCAGCAACGCCCAUGAGCCGGAGCACUGCGAGGAUGCGCCGUCGCGGCUGAGGGACCGAGCCACGAUGGGGGACUUCCACGGGUUCUUUCGGCCCACGGAGACGCAGCGUUCGUCGUUGCGCCCGCCGAGUGAGCGAAGGUGUCGGGGCGGCAACCCCCUUCAGACGCAGGACGAGCCGAUGGUAUUCGAUCUGAGCUGGAGCCGAAAUGGAGCUGCAGACGACCGUGCAGAGAUACCGGAGCCUGUGGUGACGAAUGCGGCUGGGGCGGGCCGCCUGACAUGA